CAUGUUAAAAUGUGGAGUUUUUCUAUUCUAGCAGCAAUAAAGUACUUAAACACAUAUAUUUAAGGAUAAAUGGCCAAUGAAGAUCAGGAAAUCGCCGAAAGAUGGCCUCAUGUAUUUGCUCUCUCCCACACACACACACACACACACACACACACACACACACGCGCGCACACGCACAAACACGAUAUGAGGGCUUGUUCAGUUAUAAGACGUCCUUCACCACACACUUUAAGAAGUUAUUUCAGAUCAGCCGACCGACAGACUCGGACACCAGCAACAAGUCCAUCAUCGCAAUUCAACAAGCAAAGCAAACCAGGCAUUGAUGCUGAGCGAUGCUGGAGGUUUCAGUAUCAGAAACAGAAGAGAUGUGUAUCGGUUCUGGCGUGCAACUAGGGUUCAGCUCUGGAACAAAGCCCACAAGCUCUGACUGACGCAGCUAAAGAGAGAGAAAACACGGAGCCUAUCAUGGAUCUGAUGAACACCACAGCCAUUCAGACACCACUUAACUGUACUGUGGACACCAGAUACCGCUUCACCUACUACCAGAUCUCCUACAGCCUCAUCUUCAUAUGUGGCUUGGCCAGCAACAGCAUGGCACUCUGGCGUUUGUGGCUUGUGCCAUGGACCAUCACCAGCACUAUGGUCUACAUGGCUAACUUGGCUGUCGUGGACCUCUUCUUUAUUCUUUCCCUUCCACUGCGUGUCUAUUAUUACUACAACCGUUCACACAGCAUGUCUUGGUCUCCGGGAAGUGUCUUCUGCCAGCUGACCUUCACUCUCAAGUACAUCAGUAUGUAUGGAGGUAUCUUCUUCCUGGCGUGCAUAGGGCUGAACCGCUACCUUGCCGUGACGCGCCCUGUGCCGCAGCGACCGAAGAAUGUACAUAACGCAUGUGUGCUGAGCACCACAAUCUGGUUGAUGGUACUAGGACUAAGCUUGGCACUUCCAUUCAUGCACUCAGCAGCCUCAGCGAGUCGCCACACAUGCCUUCUUGACCCAUCCUUGGGGCGCCAUCAAACCUUCAUCCUAGCAGCUCUGGGCCUGGUACUGGUUGCAUUCCUGCUGCCUGCACUCCUCCUACUGUUCAGCUACUGCCGUGUGCUGCGUGUGCUCGGGAGAAUGCCUCACCGUGGGAAAAGCCGCCACAGACGCACACUCUCUCUCAUCUACUGUGUGCUGGGUAUCUUUCUGCUCUGCUUUGCCCCAUACCACACCAACCUGCUGUGUUACACUCUCACUCAAGUGGGUGUUGUGACUAGCUGUAGUUUAGCUAAAUUUGCAAGCGCAUUGCACCCCGUCAUGCUUUCACUGGCCAGCACCAACUGCUGCCUCAACCCACUUGUGUACUACUGCUCCAGCAGCCUGAUGCAAAAAGAUGCUCCCAGUGGCCAGAGGAAUCUGAAAACAGAUUCUAGAUUUGGUUCCAGACAGAAAAAGCUUAUGGGAAAAAUUUCACCAUGACUCCUUCACAUGGACACAGAACAAACAAAAACCCACACCCAAACUGGCCCUUUGUGGACACUCCUACCCCAAGGCAUAGUGUUUAAAAAAAUAAAAGAAUAAAUUUAAUAUAAAGUACAUAUUAUUUUGAGAUUUUCAGAAAAUGAACAUAUUAAAUUUUUAUAUUCUGUUUGUACACUUCUGUUCUCCUGCAGUUACAUCCAUGACUGAACAGACACUGUCUGUCCGCUGACAUCAAGCCAAAUCAACCAAACAGGCGCCAACAAGCACCAACUGCUUUUAACACCGCCGC